UUGUACUGUAGGCGCUGGACGUAUGUUGCAUCACUCGUUUAAAGACUAGCUUGCAUCUUUUUAAAACUAAAGAAAUGUAUUUAAUUGUGCAACUUCCAAGGGCUUUGUGGAUGUGGGCGGAACAGCGCAGUCAGUACGGGAGUGUCCCAACAAGGGCGGCGCGGGGCACCAACCUCGCGUGCUUUCCUGCAAGCCUGGACCUGUUUGCUUGUCUAAGUAUGAAUUUGUCUGCAUGUAAUGUCAAGCGUACAAUGGGCUUUUAAAAAAAGACUACCAAACCCAAGGCUGGUAACGUGGGAGCUGUAAGGAGGACUUAGUGGUUGUGGUUUAGACCAGGGGCAGCACUAAUAAACCUGCCUUUUAAUGUGUAGCUCUGGGAAGAUUUUGAUGCCGGAGAGUUGAUUCAUCCAAGUCUGGGAAAAUGAUCUCACCCUCCCGCUGUCCGGCUUUCUUAAAGAAACAGCCCACACAUUUCAAAUCAAAACAAGAGCCCCCUCCCUCUUGGGCUGGAGAAUGAUCUCGCACUUCAGUAGUGCUGGAAUGUUGCAGAGAGGGCAAAAAAAACCAAACCAAUCAAGCGUCCACCUUUCUUCCCUGUUCUGGAAACAGUUUAAUGUGACACGUUGAUGAGUUGGAACAUUCAACGCGUACUUCUAUUCCAUCACUUCCUGCGUAGACAACCCGGGGGGGGGGGGUAGCUGAUGAUCAAAAUUAAUACAUAAAAAUGUUCGUGUUCUUCUUCAGGACAUGCAUCACACUGAUAAAUUGCUAUGUGCUAACGUUUCAGACAUGAGUUCGUGAUUUAUUAAUGCGAUCGUUUGAAACGUCUAUGCUUUGAUUUACUGUGUAAUUGUGUAAUUGCCUUUAGUAUUCGACAUCUUUUCUGCUCCUGUCGUAGCACGUUCGCCCGUGCAGCUCACUCUCUAACGGUUCAGUUGUGUUGCGUGUUUUCAUGGUUAAACUGCAAUUAUUCCAGGACCCCGAACGAACAUCCCGAUAAAUGCAUUAGAGGAUGUCUUGCUAAGUCACGCCUUUUGACACCCGGGACUCCGUCGAGACUUACUGGUGCUCGGCCCGCGGACGCUGGACUGUCCCGACGAGGACAGAGACGCGGUGACUAACGCAGCUAUGAUGUCCUGGCGACUGCCUUUGUCCGCCUGUUCAAGCGAAAAGGAAAACAGUCCCUUUCAUCUGUUGACGACGAAGUCCGCUGGCGGAGAUUUGGAUUAGCAAAGCGAAACGGACAGCGACCACGCCGUUGGGAAGCCGGAGCCUCGAGCCGCGUGAACGAUUGAAAGGGUGCCGUUUGUUUCAAUUUGACAACGCGUGUGUUGUAAAGACUCCGGACGACGCGAUGGGACAGUGGAGAUAAGUCUGUGCUUUACCAUGCGAACCCUUCGCUACAUCUCCGGUGAUUAGGGUAACCCUAAGACGCUCAGAUCUUUGGACGGUUAUCACGUCUGACAGGCGGCGAAUGUUAACGGGUUACACGUAUAGUGUGAUUUGCCGCGACAGGAAGCCUACAACUCCGCGUUAAUUCGCCGUCGAUCUUAAGACACAAAUGAACAGGCUGUAGUUUUGUCAGAAUGCCCGUCCAGGCCUACCGUUCACUAUUUGCAUAGAUCAACUGUCUCUUAACAGCGACUUUAUUUGAAUAGAAUUUCUAACUGUAAAUAUUUGCCAACGCAUUUGCUGUGGUUUUAGUUUGUAUUCAUUUUUGCCCCACGGACACGGAGGGUGUGCUAUAAGAUGGAGGCUUGACUGUCCUCUCGCCGCUGCCGUGCUGCCCGGUAACGAGAUCGCGCCUCCGCCGAUAGCACCUCCGCGUCCCCGGCGCGUGAGGCACUACGGGAGCGACGACUCGCACUGCGCGAGAUCACGGACACGGCAGAGCGUUUGGUCUUAAGCUUCGGCGAGUACGUCUGCAUACGGAGCGGAGCAACAACAAGAAAAAGAAAACAAACAAACAAACAAAAAAAAAACCCCUCGUAGGCCCACUGCCCGAGUGGGUGCGAUAACGAUAUGGGUGACUAAGGCUCUGUGUGUGUGUGUGGUUUGUCCCGCAGGAGCCUGAUAAAUCUCCGUGUGCUCUUUUACGGAGACAUCCGGAAUCGAUGGUCCACUGCGGCGUCGCGUGGCAAUGCGCGCGGUUGACACCGAAUACGGAUCUGUCACGAACCUCAUCCGUUAAACCGGGGAGUUUGGUGACCGGCUCCCUUAUUUGGUUAUGUUGCAAUCCGCAGCGUGCGUUGCGGAGUCUUAGCGUAUAUACCGGCACAGUCGGGAGUCGUAUCGUGCCUUUAUUGACUCGCGUAUUUUCCACAACAUGGCAGAUCAGACCAACAUCCAGUCGUCCGCGUCGAAAAGCAUCAGGCCGUUUAGGUCCAGUGAGGAGUACCUGUACGCUAUGAAGGAGGACCUAGCCGAAUGGCUGAACGCCCUCUACGAUCUAGACAUCACGGCUGACACCUUUAUGGAGAGCCUGGAGACCGGAUGCGCGCUCUGCAGGCACGCCAACAACGUGAACCGCGCCGCGCACGACUUCCAGAGAAGCUGUCCGGACGCUGCGAAGUCCCUUCGGAUGCCGGGCAAAGACGUUGUCUUCCAGUCGCGCAAUGUUGUGCCCGGCUCGUUCUUGGCACGCGACAACGUGUCCAAUUUCAUCAGCUGGUGUCGGCAGGAGCUGUGGAUCAAAGAUGUCCUGAUGUUCGAGACCAACGACCUGGUGGAACGGUGCAACGAAAAGAACUUGGUUCUGUGUCUACUGGAGGUCGCGCGUCGGGGCUCCAAGUUUGGCAUGCUCGCCCCCAUGUUGAUACAGCUCGAAGAGGAGAUCGAGGAGGAGAUCCGGGACGAGGAAAGCCAGUCCGAGAGCUUGCGCGAGCACAGCCCACCGAGCAGAACGUUUGGCCGUCAGAAGAGCACCGGCGACUCCGACUCGGAGCUCGUCGAGAGCUGGCAGCAGCAGAAAAGGGUUCUGUGCGAUAUGCGCAACCUGGACGAACUGGUGCGUGAGAUCCUCGGCCAGUGUUCGUGCCCGGCGCAGUUCCCCAUGACAAAGGUCUCGGAGGGAAAGUACAAAGUGGGUGACUCCAGUGCUCUCAUCUUCAUCAGGGUGUUGCGCACACACGUGAUGGUGCGUGUGGGCGGAGGCUGGGACACCCUCGAGCAUUACCUCGACAAACACGACCCCUGCCGCUGCAAUGCCUUUGCCCACCGGUUCCAGCAGACUAGGUCCAGUGAUCGAACUCCUCACAGUAAGAGCUCCAGUGCGCACUCCUCCCGCUCCGCCAGCCCUGGACCUUACUGGCGUUCCGAGACCAUGGCCCCCUACAAAGGCUCUGAGCGGCGUUCCCUCGAGCCUUCGGCACCCUCCUCUUCCUCCAGGCCAGGCCGGGCACCGCAUGGCCCUGUGUCCGGAGACGGGGAGGCCAACGUGACGAAGAGUGCCGGGGCUCUUCUGCCAAGACGUCCGCGAGACCGAUCUGAACCGCGGCACUUCAACGCCAUCAAGAAUAAAGACUCUUUGUUGCCGUUGACUCGUCGACUCUCUGGGGACAGUGACUCCUCCACAGCCUCCUCUAAAGGUGGAGGAGUCGGACCAGCCGGAGGUGGAGGUCGUUUCUCUCUGGGAGCUCGGCGGUCUAAUGGAGAGGAGGUGAUCCUCCUGGUCAACCGGAAAGCGGGCAAGCACGUCAUCGAGCGUCCAGGAGAGGUGACCGCCCUGAGCCCCCCUCCCGGCCGGGCCCGCAGCGUCUCCAGAGAACGCCCAGGACCUCCUGCCUCUAGGCCAGGCGUGCUGACCCCUAGCCCACCCCAGGGCUUUGUGGAGAGGCCCCGCUCUGCCCAGGGUCCCGAGAGGGGCCGGACUCCGGCGCUGGACGGGCCACGGAGGCUCCAAGGUCCCCGCUCCCUCAGUCAGGGCAAAAUGCCCUUGCGAGGGCGUGCGAGCGAGGCUGGUACAGGCUCCCCUCACCACAGAGACGCCCCACCGUCGGCGCCAGACCGCCGGGACGACCAGAGGCCAAAGCAGGCCGUGCCCGGCUCACCCAGGCUGGGCACUGCCAUCUCCAGACGACAGGUAGCCUCGUCUGCCUCCAGCUCUCCCAUCAAAGGCGGCUCCGCUGGUAGCCCCACCAAGAAGGGUGUGGUCACUCCCCGUCCCCCUGCCCCUCGAUCACCCUCUGGGGGCAGUCGGAGGCUGCUGCCCCCCAUAUCACAGCCAGGGCGGCGCUCUCCACACUCCUCACCCAGAUCGCACCACCACCCGCCGCGGUCCCCACACACCACCCAUAGCCCCAGAUCCACGGGAAGGGCACAGAGAGGGUGGGUUCAGCAGCUCCACCACCCCCAGGAGGACGUGGGACUGGGGUUCGGGUUCCAGUCCCUGCCAACCCUGGACACCCAGCGGGAGAUGGAGCUGUACCGCAGCUUCGAGGCGGAGUUCCUGGCCAACACGCAGCAAGGCCAGGCGGGAACGGGAAGGAUGAAACUUCCCGUCUCCCAGCAGGGCUUCGGGGCUCUGGGCACACCUGCAUCAGGUGACCCCAAUGUGACAGAUUCAGCAUACUCUUCCUCCAACUCCUCCUCCUCCUCUGUGAAUGUGGGAGGGAGAGUGCGUGCGCUGCCCGAGUUACGGGAGUCGAAGCGGGUUGACACGCGCUCCUGCGCUUUGGAGGACCCCCCUGCCCUUCUGCACAGCCAAACCAGGUCCGGACUUCCCAACGGCAGCCUCUCGGAGCAGGAAUGCUGGCCGGCUCCUGGGACUCUCCAGAAACUCCCCGCCAUCUCCAGCACCAGGGAGGAGGGUGAGCCCUUGCGACAGCAGAACGCAGAGCUGCCCUGGGACACUCCUCAGCAGGUCCUCGUGGGUCAUGGGGGGCCCCACACAGCGGAACUGCUCAUGGAUGACCAGCAAGAGCAGCUGACCUGGGGCGGAGUGGCAGGCGACGUCCCUGCGGAGGCACGGCCCCCGCACGCCCCCUGCCAGCACGCUAACCCCAGCCAUGAGCUACCACUCACGGAGGCCUCCUCCUCCCCACCUCCUCCAGAUGACCCCUCCUGCAGCAACUCCUCCAGCGAGAGCUCCUCUAUGUGUCUGAGCGCCAGCGAGGGCUCCUGUACCCCACCACGCCCCCAAAGCAAUGACGUCGCCGUCCUCCUCCGCGCCAAGAGGGGGCAGAAGAAGGCGGACAGGGUGCCUUCCAUCUACAAGCUCAAACUGCGGCCGCGGGCGCGGCCUCGCAAGGACAACAGGCCAGAGAACAGUCCCUCGCGCAUUCCGACACCCGUCAACUACCGAGAGCUGCAGCAGCUGCCUGCCGACCUCUCGCCUCUGCACACGCCCCCGCGGUCCCCGCGCGCCCGCGCACACCACGCCUCCCACAAAGUCCUGCACCAGGCCUUGGCUGAUCUCAUCCACGCCCAGCAGAGGGCGCCCAGCGCAGCAUCCAGAGAGCGCUGCUUCUCUCCGGAGCCAGGCCUGGAAACAGACGCCUGGAUGUAACAGAGGGUGAGGAUGCUCAUGGUCAACGAUGAAGGCGGGUAGCUCGCUGAUAUGGGUCACGGACGUGUCACAACAGGUUAUAAACAAAGCAUGAUAAUGCUGAUGAUGACGACGAUUAGUGAUUAGUGAUGAUUAGAAGAUGCUACCUUACCGAUAGCGUACCUUACUGAUCGUGCAGCACCAAAGCAGGAUGUUGUCACUGAGAAGAGCAGUGCAUUAUGGGUGACACACGUCUGAUCGCUGUCCUUUGCACAGGAAGAAAGGGGACGGACGUCAGCCGUAUUAGAGGAAACGAAGGCUGGAAGCGGCACGUGUGAGAUAGCGCCUGGCUAAUGCUAACAUGGGACAGUGAGGCCGGACCGCACGCGGGAUAUUCUGUGUUUUGCGUGACUGUUUUCUUGAACAUGUAGGAGGAUUAAUCAGAAUUGGCAGAACGCUUCCCCUGAUGAACAUGACAGAUUUCUCCUGAUGUAUCCGAGCCACGACACUCAAAACGUCCUGGAAACGGACAUAUUUAAAAAAAACAAAAAAACUAAAAGUAUUAUGGGUUACCAAAGGACAUCAUUCAGAUUAGUAUGUCAUUCAGAUCAAGGUUCUUAUUGCUGAAUAUUUUUCGCUGGAUAUGCCUCCAACAAGUGUGUCGUGAAACCUUUGCUGUGUGACCUCUGACCUCUGGCUGCUUGGGCGGAGCUAUUGUAAAUGUGUGCCGUGCAUGCAGCUGAGGCUCUCUGAGGAGGAAGUGAGGGCAGUAAUGUCAUAGUUCUCAACGCUAAGCCCCGCCUUCCUCCAGAGAACAAAGGCUGGGAUGUGAUGCGUCACUGCCAGGGGUCUCACACACACACACACACACACACACACACACACACACACACACACACACACACACCUGACUACAGAACAGACAAUUACAGCCUUUCUCAUGGAAGUGAGAGAGUGUGAGCAACUCCGCUUUUGGUGAUCAUUGUGAGUCAGUCUGGAUUACUUCCUGAGGUCGGCGACCCAUGCUAGGCACAGCUGGGGGUCUCCUGACAUACAGGGCACCAUGCGUGAUUCCUGACCAGUGGUCAGCAAAGCCCCAAAGCCCCUGCUGUUGAAACAUCUCUGAGUCCUGUAAUGUCACUAGACUUCUCUGUUUUUAUAUUUGGUUUCUAGAUGAUUAUUAAUAUAACAUUAAGUUUUAUAAUUUGCUUUUGGGGUUUUUUUUUAUCAAAUAAUUAUUAUUUUAUAAUUCUUCUUAUUCUUUUUUGUACUGGUGAUAUUAAUGAUGCAUGAGGUAGGAAGCAGAUAUUACAGGACUGAUCGCACAUCCUGCCCCGUUACUGGACUGUCUACGCCCCCCUGCACCCCCUACAGCAUUACAGGACUGAGACCCCCCCUCACAUAGGAAUGUAAACAUUGUAAACAUGUAGCUGGUUACCUGGCAGUUGUAAACAGGAGGAGGGGUUUCUCGGCCUCAUACAGCUGGCUUCUGCUCAGGGUUGGAUCACAUUAUUCUUGUUAUUAUUAUUAUUAUAAUUGUGCCUGUUCUCCAGGUGACCAUAUGAAAUAAUCCCCUAAUGCUGGUCUGUGUUUUUAACCUUCUCAUUCCCAGGCUGGCUUGACUGCACACGCUUGACCCUGCAUGUUGUCCUGUUAAGACUGUGUGGGGUAAUCAUGUUUAGCACACAGGACCCACCCCAUGUCCCUGUGCUGGGGGGCAUUCUUAGCCCCUUCCGUCAUCCAAGUGCUGAAGUCAGUCACCUGUAUGAUGUCACCACUUGGGGGAGGGGCUAAAUUAAAAAGCUGUAGAUAAAUAUAAUCUAUUUAAGUUCUGGAUCAAUGAAAUAAGAUAUAUGUAAUAUAGGUGUAUAUGUUUAUUGUUUAAAUGUGGGGUUGUGUUGUGUAUGUGAUAUUAAUCAAAUCUUCAGUUUAAUGUACAGAAUUCCUGCUGUUACCUUAGCUAUGCAAUACUGCUCUCUGAACUGCUGCCAUGACAACUCUUUUUGCCUUAAAGCAGGAAUACUAUAGUGUGUGUGUGUGUGUGUGUGUGUGUGUGUGUGUGUGUGUCCUGUUACAACACUACAGUAAUAUCAUACUACAUCAGCUUCCAGUGUUACUUUGAAGCGUAACACCCCUGGACUUCAGCCAGUCACUUGACUUCUUUAACACACAGAAUGUUAAACACUUUGGAUGCCACAAAUAUAAUAAUGAAAAUGUCAUGCAACCAGUUUCUCCCAGCUCAGCCAACAAUCAAUAUCACUACAUUUCCCAGUAUCCUCUUCACUUAAUUCACCUGUUCCCUAUUAUCAUGCUUAUUUAAACUCGCCUGUUUUUGUUUCUAUCACUGUGAAGUAUUGCCACUAUUCUAGUGUGUACUGAGUGU